UCCGCAUAGACAGUGCGCACUUUGUUUUCUCGAGUUUCCACGAUGAAAAUCUACCUAUAUUAAUGUAACGUAUAGAGUGAUCUCUAACUCGAUUUUUAAUUAAAUGGAGAUAAGACAACGCGCCUAGUAACGCCAUGUUUCCCAGCUGACUAGACGGAGCGACGAUCGCCAGCUGAGCUACAGUGUAGCUGAGCCACUGAGGCUCUGUUUGGCUGAACUAUGGUGAUCUGACGUUUGUUGCUCACCUCACAAUCUCAUUUCCCCUUCGUUUAUGUGAUGAUUCGGAGCGCAUUUAGUAAAAUUGCUGUUCGAGCAACGGUGCAAGAAGAGCUACAAGCGUAUGUGCCAGCGGCGGUCCUACCACAGACCCACAGGACAGGUCCGAUGAGAUCAGAGUCCACCGAUUCGUCUUGAAACCAACGAGUUGUAUGAGCGAAGCCGGACCUUUCAGAAGGUCCCACCGAUAGGAGUUCGCCGCAGUAUGUUCUCCCGGAACCACUGUCAUCGCCGUCCUCCAGUCUUUGAAUACUCCUAGCAGUUGUUCGAGUGGGCUUACACGACCAUGACGUUGCUUUGUGUGCGCCGUUUGCGUGGAACUUCAUUUGUCUCUGUGAUGAGGCUGAUCGUAGUCCUGGCACUGACCAUUUCACAGGUCUCAGCCGGGGAGUACUCGGUGAUAAUGGCAGAAGCAGACAAUGCCGUGCAUCAGUUUUGUAUGGUAUAUUUCUCAGAAUUCAAAGAAUUACCUGAGAGUCCAGAACGAAUGCCAUUCAUCCAGAUGGUCAACUUAACAUCUCAGGACGGCUGCAAGAAGCUGCAGUCUAUUAACCUGCAUGGCAAAGUUGCUCUCAUAAAAGACAGCGGGAACUGCACACUGGACAAGGUUGUUCUUCACUACAAAGCUGCGCAGGCAUACGGCAUUGUUAUUUCGACGCAGAAGAGCAGAGUGGACAACAUCAUCAUCAACAGAAAUGACACCCGUCACUUGGAUCUUGUUGUUGGAUUUGUCACAGACGUCACUGGCAACAGCUUGCUGAGCCUGAUGAAGCCGAAGGAACCCUUGCUGACUAAGCUGUUCACGAAGAGAAGCUUGGCAUUCGACUACAGCUUGAUCAUCAUCUGGCUGGUGGCUGUGUUCACUCUUGGCGUAGGCUCCUACUGGUCAGGCCUGGUCAAACACGAGAUCUACCAGCACGAAAUUGGGAAGUGCUCACAUGCCAGCCACGCUGGGGCGGAAGGGGAGGAGAGUUCAUUACCGAAGUCCGAGAAUGUCCUCGAGGAAGAGAGCUCACUGGAUGUCUCACCCGUGCUGGUCACCCUGUUUGUCAUUUGCAUGGGUGUCAUGCUCCUUCUGCUUUACUUCUUCUUCCAGUACCUGGUGUUUUUCAUCAUCGGCAUGUUUGCCUUGGCAUCUGUGGUGUCUGUCAUCGGUGUGCUUGAGCCUCUAAUCUACAAAAUCCCAAUAGGGACAACACGGAUCCCACGCAAUGUGUGCCCGUGCUUCCACGGCCCCUUGGAGGUGCGUCAGCUGGCGCUGAUUGUGUUUGCCAUCUCGGUGUCGGUGACCUGGGUUGUACUGCGCCACCACCCACAGUCGUGGAUCCUGCAGGACCUGCUGGGUGUCGCCUUCAGCAUCAACAUGCUCAAGACUCUGCGCCUGCCCAACCUCAUGAUUUGCAGUGUGCUCCUGGUGUUGCUUUUCUUCUACGACAUCUUCUUCGUUUUCGUCACUCCAUUCUUGACUAUGAAGGGCGAGAGCAUCAUGGUGGAUUUGGCCACAAGAGGCUCGGAGCAGCUGCCAAUGAAGGGCGAGAGCAUCAUGGUAGAAGUGGCCAAAGGAGGCAAUACUCAGGAGCAGCUGCCCAUGGUGCUGAGGGUGCCCCACUUCAACAACGAGUCGCUGUCCGUUUGCUUCGGCCAGUUCUCCUUGCUGGGCUUUGGUGACAUUCUCGUUCCAGGCCUUCUAGUUGCCUACUGCCAUGGUUUUGACCUGCUGACAACGAGAAGCCGUCUGUAUUUCUUCGCUGGGACACUGUUUUAUGGCGUGGGGCUUGUGCUCACAUUCAUCGCACUAUACCUGAUGCGAACUCCCCAGCCUGCCUUGCUGUACCUUGUGCCAGCCACGCUCUUGCCAACUAUCUGCAUAGCAUGGUGUAGAGGGCAGUUGGCUGACAUAUGGCAUGGCGUCAAGCCUGUGCCGCUAACACUGGCAGGGCAAGCCGCUCCUCAAGCCACGGUCGUGCCACCGCGGGCAGUCGGCAGUGCAAAUGCCUCGCAAGCCCCAUCAUCUCCCACUAGUUUCCAUGGGCCGAUCAACUUGAGUCGACCAGGUACACCGCCUCCACUUGCGAGUCCGCAGCAUCCUCCAGGCAGCGCCAUGUUGCAGCUGGGAGCUUCUCAGUAUAGUAUUCAGCCAAGGAUGUCUCCACCCCCAAGUCCAGGUUCUGGGGGCAGAAACUCUCCAGGCCAUAUGGCGAAUAGCUACUCGAAUGCUCGUGUCCCUGGCAUCCCGCAGGCGAACACUCCCCUGCUGAGUGCAGCUCAGUAUCCUCACCCAGGAACACAAAGCCAGUACUGGGUGGGCGCGCAAGACCACUUUGUCAAUGCUCUCCCUGCAGAAACAGCACAGAGGUAGUAGCCACUCAUGAUCUCUGUUCAGUAAGAGAGCUGUACCUGGAAGUCCCGUGAAGUGUGUCUUAUUUUGGCUUUCCUUUUCGUGUUUUCUUCUUUCUUUUUUUCUGUGGCCACACUGUUCCCAUCUGAUCAGUAGGUGGGUUGGAAUUCCAUCAGUAGGCAGAAAAGUUGGACAAAGCUUAGCAAAACUUGCACCCUUAUUUUGCAUGCUGCAUGUGUACUCAUCGGGCAAUUCUUGCAUAGUGCAGUCCGUGACAUGAUACCACAAGUUGCAGUGACAAGAAGCCAUGCAUGCAUGUGCUGGUCCAGCUGUCGCAGUGUGUAGUUGGGAAUAUGUGUAUGUACAACAGGAAAUUCCUUCAGGUUACGAGAAGAACAAAGUUGUAUACUUUUCAGUUUGAUUAUCAUCUGUGUCAAACCACAGAGCAACUAGCAGAAUCGUGAUUCGACACAGGUGUUUGUUCAGCCCGCUGGCUCAGACAGCUGAAUAAGAGCAGUGCAAAACGGUGGAGACAGUAGCGUAAGCUGACAGGACACGUGCCAACUACCAACUGAAAUCUGUGGUUUGGUGCAAGGUCUAAACAGAACAAACAACCAUGGUCCUUGCUCUCCUAAUGCGCUGAGAAUUGAUGUGUGCAUGUUAUGAGCAGGAAACAAAACAAUAAAAACAUACAAGGUGCACAGGUGGAGUUAUCAACUGUCAAGGUACACAACCUUUUUUUUCUGUAGGAUGCUCAUGUAUAUGCUUCACUGACACAAACUGUCAGUUUUUGUUGUUUUGUAUCCUGCUCACAGCAUGGAUGCGCAAUUUAUUUCACAGCUGCUCACGUCAUCUUUAAAUGUUCCUUGUGCUUUGCACUGUCUAGGUUCUUGAUAAGCUUGCACUAAUUUGCCCAAAUUUCAAUUCUACAGUUGUCUUAGUUGGCAUGUGUCCUGUUAGAUGCCACUACUGUCCUCAUCAUUUCCUGUUGCUGCUUAUCUUUCGGCAAGACUUCUGUUGGGAAGCACAGCUUUUGCAUGAGGAAAGUGGACUUCUGCACAACUUGAAAUGUUUGCUUAAGUUAACCUUGAGGCUUCAUGUGGCAAACAUGGGGGUCCUGAUGAGUUGCAAAAAUGCCUCUUGUCGGGUGCUCGAUGCAGUGUUCUACCCCAUCCCCCUAUUUCUUAUAUUUUUUUUUUGGCCAGGGUCGCUUUGGUGCCGAAGGUGCCUUUGGUGUGCUCUCCGUCCUCACACUUUCCUCAGGAGCUGAGAGAGAACAGAGUAGCUUAUUUUUUUAAUUAUUAUUUUUUUUCAUCUUUUUUUUUUUUCUUGACAAAUUGUGAGCUGUUUCUGCCUAGUUCAUGCAGCCACUUUGUAUUGCGUAGCAGUGCUUGCAAUCGAAUGCCUGUGAUGGUAACAGUAUAUGUUCCUGAGCUGAAUUUUUCCCCUGUGUUUUGUUUAGAAGUCUGCCAAUCAAUCUUGAAACAGCGAGCAAAGAUGAAAGCAGCCAUGAUGUUUUGAAACCUUAAUCCUUGAAAAUGCUGCAUGCCACAAAGUUUUACAUUGCAGAAUUUUGAGAAAGUUCCAUGUCACCAUUGUCAUAGCUUGGCAUUAUGCUAGUUAAAGUACCUACUGACUGAGCUAAAGCUUUGCACGCUUUAAAAGUGCCACAUAAAAUGAAUAAAGGAGGAUCUCAUUAUGAUAACUUCUGCAUGUGGAUGAAGAUGUUUUGUGUCAUGGUUGAAUGGUGACAGUUCUUAAAGGAGAAUGAAUUAAAGAACAUAGCCACAGAAUCGCAUUGUGUUGACCACGCUUUUUGUGACCCAAUUCAGUACGGGUCUUUUCAGAAAGCAAUACGCCAUCUGCCACGAGAGCCACUCCCCUAUUAAGAAACAGAAGAAUGGAAAAUUGUUGAGGAUUGACCUGUAGGAUUUCCUCGAGUUUCGUUUUCUCAGCCCAGUAGCAAAGUUUCUCAGAUUUGUGUAGCAGGGCAGUCACACUUUUUUGUGAUGAUGUGUUUGUUAUACUGCAUGCCAUAAAACCCAUUGUUAGAGUGUAUAUUAAUUUUGAGCAAAUAUGACUCCGUGUUGAUAUAUGUAAGUGUCGCAAAGGGAGAGUAAUGGCCCCAUAGCGAGAAUGUGUGGCUAUUGAUACUGUAUGUAGGCACUGGUAAGCAGCUCUUCAGUAACCGCUUUGAAUUACUUUGUGAAAUCACUUCCCGUUUGAAGAAUUCAGUUUCCUAAGAAUGACAGCAAAUGGGCCUGCACGAAUAAAACAUAUACUUCAGAGUUGGUGAAUUCUAUUGUAAUUAUGCUGCAAUUUGCAAGGAACAACCUGUAUUAGAUGUGUUUGUACAUGUAGCACUGACAUUUUAUUUGUGAUGAGUUCCUCACAUGUUUGCUUGCUGUGACUGCUUAUUAAGCGGAUUGUGCGACAAGGUUACAUAUUGAGGUAAAGUAUGAACACAUUUUGUGCUUAUUUGUGCCAAGUGUUCCUAUUUUCUGAAGUUGACCUGGUAAUGAUGACUAUCGUAGAUAUACAAAUACACAUUUUAACAUGUAAGUAUAAUAUGUAUACAUGCGGGUCCGAAUUUUUAUAUGUGAAAAUGCGCCAUUAAAGCAAAGCUUUGGUUAAAGUGACAAUAAACUGAUUCAAAGCUUUUC